UUUUGCUGGAUCUUGUGUGUGGUCCCUGACGCCCCCUGUUUGCUCCUGAUGGUACAGUCCAGUGUAUAGCGCUCAGCGUGGAUCCAGCGAUCGGCGGGGGGAGAGUCAACAUCACAGCGAGCGGCGGGGCGAGAGUCAACAUCACAGCGAGCGCAGCGGGACAGUGAGAUGCCGAGCCCCGAGCAUUACACAAGACAAGACACGGCGAAUCACACGGUUACAGCUUUGUGGAUCUACGGUGUCUUUGUUUAAAAUAUCUGGAACUUUAAUAACAACUCGGACUUUUUGGACAGGAUUCGGUCGAAGGAUUGGGAGAAACUACUUUUGAAGAAACUCGUUUUGGUAUUCUGGAUUUGAAAAAGAAGUGACGAUACAAACGCACAAAGUGAAUAAAUGCAUCUCGGAUCGUUUGCUUCCUACUGCUGCUGAGGAGGUAAACGUCCAAGGAGCUAUCCUGAAUGAAAGAACAGAGAAAAGGAUGUGAGAUUUUACGUUAAACGGUUGUUUGAGAAGCGCGAGUACGUUGCUUUCAACUCUGUGGAGAGAAAUACUUUCCCGCCGUUUGAUUUACGUUGCUUCAAAAUGUCCGAUGUUGGAUUACUGCAUUUGCUUCAACUUCAGAGUAAACAAAGGAACAUGUGUAACCUGACUCUCUGUGUUUUACUCUUCCUGACGUGUUCCUGCUCGCCCUUAUCUUCAUGUCCUGCCCAGUGUUUGUGUGAAACCACGGUGGUGAACUGUGUUAGCCAAGACUUGACAUCCAUCCCACAGCCCCUUCCAGAAAACAUCACCGCGCUUAUCAUCAAUGGAAACGAUAUAAGGAAUCUGAACAAUGAAUCUUUCCCCAGGCCGCUGGAACAUUUAACAAACCUUUAUGUGUCUGGAAGCCAAGUGGAGCAAUUAGACUCCAUGGUGUUUAAAAACUUGCCAAGUCUGCGUUUACUUGACCUCAGCAACAACAGGAUUUCACAGUUCAGCGUUGAGGCUUUACCUCAAGACAACAAAAUCGAGGUUCUAAACCUCAGCAAAUCCUUAUACAAUCACUCCUACAUCGGUGUGUUUGCAGAUCUAUUCAAACACCGCCUGCCUAAGGUUUCUCAUCUUGAUUUGUCCAAUAAUGACCUGGUGCUCCUUCCAGAAGGCAUAUUCGCGGGUUUGUCGGACCUCACUGUUUUGGAUUUGAGGAACAACUCCCUUGUUACAAUCAGGAAUGAUACGUUAUGCAAUCGGGCACUUAAAGAGUUGGACUUACGAGACAAUGCGUUGAAAGUCCUGCCCAACGUGACCCUAGAGAAGCUUGGUUCAAUCUCUGAUUUGCGAGUCAGACUCGCAGGAAACCCCUGGCGCUGUGAUUGCAAUAUUGAGGACAUGUUGAUUUGGUUGGCGAAACAUGAGUUUGUGGUAGACAGCUUCAACCUAACCUGUUCUGGCCCGGCUAGACUAAAAAAUGUCCCACUUUUAACCCUGAUACAAUCACAGCUCUCGUGCUGGAGCAACGCCGGAGAUGCGAUGGACCGUGUGCUGGAGCCCUCCUAUGUGUUCUUGGGGAUGGUUCUUGCCCUCAUUGGGGUCAUCUUUCUUCUGGUCCUUUACCUUAACAGGAAAGGGAUCAAGGGGUGGAUGUACAAUAUCCGUGACGCGUGCAGAGAUCAUAUGGAGGGAUACCAUUACAGAUACGAGAUCAACUCUGACCCGCGGCUAGCCAACCUCAGCCUCAACUCCGAUGUGUGACGAGACACAUUUGGAGAACUGGCUUGCACAACUGGCACGCAAUGAUCAGACGCUAGCUUUGCAUGAAUAC